GAGAUGAGAUCUUUUAUCAUCUGAAACAUAUCUGCUGCUCAGCUUCAUGGUUGACGGAGUUGUUGUGACCUUCUGAGAGACUAAAGACAGAGACUAAAAUAGACAGAGGACAGACAGACAGAGACAGAGGACAGACAGAUAGACAGACAGAGACAGAGGACAGACAGACAGACAGAUAGACAGACAGAGACAGAGGACAGGCAGAGACAGACAGAGACAGAGGACAGACAGACAGACAGAGACAGAGGACAGACAGACACAGACAGACAGACAGACAGACAGACAGACAGACAGAGGACAGACAGACACAGACAGACAGACAGACAGAGGACAGACAGACAGACAGAGUCCUGGUGGGUGUGAUCAUGUCUCCCAGGCGGAUGGAAACCAAACCAGUGAUCUUGUGUCUGAAGACGCUGCUGCUGGUCUACUGCCUCAUCUUCUGGGUGACAGGUGUGGUCCUGCUGUCAGUUGGCUUAUGGUGGAAGUUUAUGUUGGGCCCCUACACGCUGCUCAUCUCCAGUGGCCCCUCCAACGGCUCCUACGUCCUCACCGCCACCGGAGCCGCCAUCGUGCUGUUCGGACUGUUCGGCUGCUUCGCUACCUGCAGGGGGCGCCCCUGGAUGUUACAGCUGUACGCCGUUUUUCUAUCUCUGGUCUUCAUGACUGAACUCAUCGCUGGAAUCUCUGGGUUCGUCUUUCGCCACGAGAUCAAAGGGACCUUCCUAACCACGUACAGUGACGCAGUGAUGAGGUACGACGGUCGAGACGACAGGAGUCUGGCUGUGGACGGCGUCCAGCGCAGACUACACUGUUGUGGCGUGUUUAACUACACCAGCUGGAUCAGCAGCGUAUAUUUCCCCGUCGGUGGGAUUCCCGCCAGCUGCUGUAUUAACUUCUCUGACUGCAGCACCGCUGACCUGAAGAACGCCACCGUGGCUGCACGCAAAGUCCACAAACAGGGUUGUUAUGAGUUGGUGACGUCCUUCAUGGAGGGGAACCUGGGAAUCAUCGCUGCAGUCACUUUCGGUGUCGCCUUCUCUCAGCUGAUCGGGGUGUCUCUGUCUUGCUGUCUGUCUCGUCUCAUCAACGCCAACCAGUACGAGAUGGUGUGACAGAAAAGAGACGACGAUACCUGUUACCAUGGAAACCUGUCUGACGCUACUGACGUAUUUAUUUGAGCUCUGGUUCUGAUGUUUGUCAGAGUGAUGUUGUGUGUGAUGUUGUGUGUGAC